UUUUGACAAAAAUCCAGAAAUCCUCUCCAUCGUACUUUUCCGAUAAUACAAUUACAAUUACUCAUAACGUUAAGAAAUCGGAAAUUCUAACAUAAUGGACAAUUCAUCCCUUCCUUUCUCCUCUCAGUCUAUCUCUACCAUCCCGCCUCCUAUCUCUCAAUCUAUCUCUACGAUGCCGUCUCCUACCUCCCAUUCCCAACCCUUCGGCCGAACUUCCUCCCUUUAUGGCUAUUUCGAGCAUCUGGAGUAUUCUACUCAUGGCACAGUCACUUUUUCGGCUCCUCUACCCUUGAAUAUGAAGAUUAUGAGGAAGAUUAUGAUGGCGAUGAUGAAGAUGAUGAUGAAGAAGAAGCUGACACCACCACCACCAACGAAGCAACCGACAGAUCCGUAUUCGCACUCGCCAUGAACGAUUCAACCUCCAGAUCAAAUCAAAACAACCACCAAUUCAUCAUCUCAAUCUGCUCCUCCGCGGCACCUAGCAAUUCCUCCUGCGAACUUACCACCAAUCCCACCUCCUCGCCUCCCAAUAAUACCCCCUCAUGCCAGUCCCACUGCGACUCCCACUGCCACUCCCAACACCACACGAUAUCCUUCUCCCUCGACAUCCCCAAAACUAUCUCCCCUAAAACUAUCUCCCCUGAAACUAUCACAGCCCACCUCUUUCGCACAAUCCGCCUCCUCACCCAGACACAACUCUUCUCCGUGCAGUCCCUCAACUCCCUUGACUUCCUCGGCCCACUCUACUCCCUCGGCCCACUCUACUCCCUCCACUCCCUCAAUCUCCUCAAUCUUCUCAAGCCCACCAACCUCUUACCCCUCACCCCAAACUCCCUAUCCACAGAACAAGAAACCUACGAAUUACACACCAGACUCUCCAUCUUGACCACCACUACACCGCCUCGCCGUCAUUGGAGGGAAUACUUGUGGUCGUCUGUUAUUUGUCGGGGUGCUCGGGAACUGCUGGAACGGCGGCAACAGCGGGAGCGUGCUGAGCGUGCUGAGGGUAGUUGGGGUGAUGAGGGUGGUGAUCACACUUUAGAUAAUAAAUCAUCGUUUCGUUCUGGGUAUAGUCAGUAUGGUGAUCGCACUUUGGAUACUUUGGAUAAUAUACCGGUUCGCCCUGGGGGUGUAUGGCGUGGGAAUCGUAGCAGUGGGGUAAUUCUGGAGGAUGUGGAAGAAGAAGAAGAAGAGGAAGAAGAGAUAAUGGUUGAAGUACUAGAAGAAGAAGAGGAACAGGGAGAAGAGGGACAAGAAGAAGAGGUACCACAAUAAGUAUCAUAAGAAGAAGAACACGAACCAGAAGAACACGAACAAGAAGACCAAGAAUUAAUACUCGAAGCACCAGAAGAAGUACCAGAAGACAAAGAAAUCUACGAUUCAGACGACGAACUACGUAUAGUACGAAGACGAACAGAAAUUGUGGGGUCGCGAGAAUAGAUAUCUUGAGACGACUUGGGAGGAUGAAAAUGAAGAGUGAAGAAUGAAGAAUGAAGAAUCAUAGUGUCGAUAUAUAUAUAUAAAGAUGGGGGAUUGCUAUAGAAGGAC